UCAGAGCAGCCUUUCUUGAGGUGGGAAAGAAAAAUACUUAGAAAACAUGCUCCUUGAAACCGAAUGUCAACAAUUUUUUUUUUCUUCACUUGUUUUGCAUUAUUCAUAUGUUCUGUAGCAACAGAGAAAAUCAGAUUCUAAAUAGACAUGAUGAUCACGUUCAGAAAAUUUGACAGUGUGUUGUGGACCUGUGGUGGUGAGAGUGCUUGGCGCACUACCAGACACAUGGGUCCCAUCAUCAUCACUUCCUCCGCCACAUUCUUCUCUCAACCUACUCUCCCUCUCCUUUUUCUCCUCUCCUAAGCUUACACUUUCUCUGCCUUCAACACCCAAAAAAUUUCUCUCUGCAAACGUUUUCUUUAAACCUUUCUUGAACAUUGAACAUACCAACUGCGGCUCUUUCUUGUUUGGAGAUGGAAGGUGGUCUUGGUUUACUUGGUGUAAGUGGUGGUGCUGGUGGUGGUUCUUCUGGGUCCUCAACAAACGAGUCUACUGUGUCAAAGGUGGAGGUGGUAGAUGCUGAGGCUAGUUCUUACCCAGUAGAGGCUGAGCUAGAGUUGGGUCUGGGUUUAAGUAUUGGCGGUGGCGGUGGAGGGAAGGGCAAGGCAAGUGCAUGGGGUGAGUGUGGGAGAAUCCUGACAGCCAAGGAUUUCCCUUCUCUGGUCACUCAGCCUCAUAGAGGUCAUAAUAAUAAUAAUAAUGCUACAGUAUCUGCUCGUGUUGCUGUUUCUGGGACUAAAAGAGCUGCUGAGCCUGUUUCCCAAGAGGGUGGAUCCCCUACUUCUGUCAGUCAGGUUGUGGGGUGGCCUCCUAUAAGGGCUUAUAGGAUUAACAGCUUGGUGAACCAAGCAAAAGCUUCAAGAUCUGAAGAAGACAAGUCAGUCAAUGAAAAAGAUAAAUCUAAUGAUUCUUUCAAGAAGAAAAUUUGCAAUAGUAAUAAGACCAAUGCUACUGGUAAUGAGAAAGGGAACCUUGGAUUUGUCAAAGUGAAUAUGGAUGGGGUUCCAAUUGGAAGAAAGGUAGAUUUGAAUGCUCAUGCUUCAUAUGAGACACUUGCACAAACCCUGGAAGAAAUGUUUUUCAGGUCCACUCCAGCCAUCAGUUCAAUGGGCGGCGGAGAGAAGCAGCAAGCAAUGAAUCCCUCUAAGCUUUUGGAUGGCACAUCUGAGUUUGUACUCACUUAUGAAGAUAAAGAGGGAGAUUGGAUGCUCGUCGGAGAUGUUCCUUGGCGGAUGUUCCUUGGCUCUGUUAAAAGGCUCCGAAUCAUGAGAACUUCUGAAGCUAAUGGGCUUGCUCCAAGAUUCCAAGAAAGGAAUGAAAGACAAAGAAGCAAGCCGAUUUAGGAUCACCUCUGCCCAAAAUCUUACAAACUCCAGAAAGAUGAAACUCAUAGUUUGAAAAACAAAGACAGAGUAGAGAAAGUUGAUGAAUCAGAACAUGCCACUGAGAUUGCAUUUUCACUACUUUUUUAAUGUUUUUUUUUCCUCUUUUCGCUCGGCCAUUAUCUGGUUCUGGAGAGUUUUGUUUAUUUUGAUAGGUUAUAAUUCAUUUUUAGUUUCUUCUCUUAUACAGUGCAGCCACACAGGCUUUUGCACACUUGACUGCUGCUUUCUCAUACUGUAAAUAUGGGAGUUCUUGAUAUUUAGAGUGGAGUUUGCUGCAAUCUAGUGGUCUCAGUUUUAA